CUCAAGCACCUGAAGAGAAGACAAAUGGUGAAAGCGAUGGUAGCCAAAGGAGACGACGGAAACGAGGCUUUGAUGUUGGGCCUGGAGGAGUUAGCCAGUGCCGCUUUGGCUUGAAGCCAGGAUAAUCAUCAUGACACUGACUCAAUCUUUGGUGGUAAAACAAGUGUAUACUGGUUUAAAAUUAUUUAUGCCUGUAAUGAAAAGAUAAUCUAACAGUACUCUGUUACUUUUGCGGAAGAGACUUACAUUUAUCAUCAAAUACAAACCUGUUGCAAGGGAGUAAUUUUAUCCGAAAGGAUACAGGGAAUUUUUCUCGAUCCUUUGUUUUGACGCAUUGACGGACACACGGACGAGUGGUUAAAAAUGUUUAGACCCAAAACUUUCUCUUUUGGCUGACAUUGGAUCAAUAUUUGACAAAUUUGAUUGUUGAUGCCUCAUGACUAAAGUUAACCUCAGAAGGUGUGCUUUUCGAUGGAACCCCGAUUAAACACAAGGGUGGUCAUAGGUUUAUCAUCGAUAUCUUCAUGAUGCUGUGUAAUUAUCCCAUAGAAUCACCUGGAGCUGGUGCAGCAAGUGGUGAUGUAGAAGAUCAACCCAUUGAUGAUGGAUCAAAUGGAGAGCUUGUUAUUGGGCCAGGAGCAGGUGGUAUGCAGCCACGCCCUUCAGAAGUGAAAAGGGCAUUGCCUCCUCUAACCUACCAACAGGAGGAGAUGCUCAAGAAAGCAAAGAGAUUUGCAAUGGAACAGUCUGUCCAACAAGUAUUGGCGAAACAGCAAGCUCUCCAACAGCAGCAGAUGUCUGCGCUACAGACAGCUGCCCAAAGACAGAGAGCAUUAGCUCUGAUGUGCAGAGUGUAUGUGGGAAGCAUCAAUUUUGAACUCCGCGAGGAACAUGUUCGACAAGCAUUCAUCCCCUUUGGUCCCAUAAAAAAGAUAGAUUUGUCCUGGGAUCCUUUGACCAUGAAGCAUAAGGGUUUUGCAUUUGUGGAGUAUGACUUACCGGAGGCAGCCCAGCUUGCUUUGGAACAAAUGAAUGGCGUUCUUCUUGGAGGGAGAAACAUAAAGGUGGGUCGUCCGAGCAAUGUGCCGCAAGCAGCACCACUGAUUGAGCAGUUCGAGCAGGAAGCUAAGAAGUAUGCAAGAAUCUAUGUGGCCUCUGUUCAUGCUGAUUUGGCUGAAGAUGACAUUAAAAGUGUAUUUGAAGCAUUUGGUAAAGUGCGCAGCUGCACUCUUGCCCCAGACACCAUGCCUGGCAAGCACAAGGGCUAUGGCUUCUUAGAAUAUGAAAACCAACAGUCAGCCACUGAUGCCAUAGCUUCAAUGAACUUGUUCGAUCUUGGAGGACAGUACUUGAGAGUAGGUCGAGCAAUCACACCCCCAGCCUCGGCACAGACCAGUAAUGGUACAUUGCCACCUGCAGCUGCUUUAGCUGCUGCUGCAGUAUCAGCAAAGAUACAAGCUCAGGAGCAGGGACUGACAAGUACAUUCCCAGCCAUUACAAUUGCUGGUAGUACAGUGAUCACUUCCAUAGUGGGUACAGCAGGCCUGGUUGCUCUACCGACAAUGGCAGCUGGAACCCUUGCCCCAGGCACUCUUGCACCAGGAGUGAUGUCAACAAGUAUUGCAGCACAACCAAUUAUGACAGCAUCUACAGCACUACUAGCAGGUCCCCCAACAGCAGUCGUUACGCCAGUGCCUGCUACACCUGUGGUAACCACAACAGGCCUCCCAGUCCAGUCAGCAGCUGUUCAGCAACUGCAGAUUCAACAGCAACAACUUCUUGAGCAGCAACAACAACUUGUACAGCAACAGCAGUUACAACAACAGCAGCUGCAGCAGCAAUCAGCCCAGGUGAUUGCAGCACAGCAGGCAGAGGUGCGUGCUAAGAUUGAAGAAGAGACACAGAGAAAAGUGGCAGAGAGCAGCAUAAGUCACGAGGAGAAUAUGUCAAUAUCUGGUAGUAAUGCCAGAUAUAUGGUCAUGCAGAAACUGUCUCGCAAAAGUGAGUCAAAAGUUCUGGUACUGCGAAACAUGGUAGGAGUGGAAGAUUUGGAUGAAGAACUGGAGCAAGAGGUGACAGACGAGUGUAGCAAGUUUGGAGUGGUCAGCAGAGUGGUGAUUUAUAAUGAAAAACAGGGGGAGGAAGAGGAUGCUGAAGUCAUUGUAAAGAUAUUUGUGGAGUUCAAUCAACCUUCAGAAACUGAUAAAGCUGCCAAUGCUUUGAACGGGAGAUGGUUUGGUGGCAGAGUUAUCAAAGCUGAAGGAUAUGAUGAACUGAAAUUUGGUGCUGGAGACUUGUCAGGAUAGAUUUUUACUUGCAGUGACUUUUUUUUGCAUUGUAUUAUUUUUUACUCAUAGGAGAAAUAGGGACACUGUAGUCAGCUUUCACCCAAUUCAGUUCACUCAACCAUGUAACUACUAGCUGCUAGGACUAUUUUGAUGGAGUUUUUGGCAGUAGCAGCACUAGCUAUAGUGGUGAACCAGAGAAAGAUAAUGGAAAUCUGGCCAGCACUGAAAAGCAUUUUCCUUCUUACCUAGCAAACAAUUUUCUCUGCUGGUAGCCCAUUGGCAGAAACCUCUCUCAGCACUUAUUCUUGGAGUCAACCCUUUUGUAAGUAGACAUAGUUUUAGAAUGGCAUUUUGCUGUAAAAAGUAUAACAUUUCGGUUGAGUCAGUUGUAAAAACUGAGUUAUCUGCCCAAUGCAUCUGAGUGGAUGGUUGAUGUAAAACAAGAGAAUGGUCAAAGCUCUGUACUGAUUGGAACUCAACACUUUCCUUGGGAGCCUUUCAUCAAUAGAUCUACUCAGUAACUUCUUAGUUAGAGAGACAGAGGUUCUUAUCGAUAGUCUUCCAGCCCCAGUACUUAAUUUCGGUGUGAUUUUUUGAGAUCACCUUGCACAAAGGUUGUGUAGGUGAAAUGAAAGGGUUUGUUUUUAUGUAUAGGUUCUAAAUAGGAUGGAAAAUGUGGAAAAGGUUCCCGAUCUUCCACUGUGUCCAGAAAGUUACCCUGUUGGCAGAGUAAAAGACCUCGGGUCACUAACUGUUGUUAGGGUUUUAAGUGGGGUAAGUUUCCAAGAAAGAAACUGGUGCUGUGUCGUUAGGGGGGUAUUACAAGAUAAUUUGGUUUUAUCAACUGAGGUGUUCAGAUAUAUGAAUUCAUAUAAUUUGUCGUAUUUGAUUUAUCAUCUCACUGGUUUAUGUUGAAUUAAUAUGAUCACCUGCUCUCAGUUGGCUUGUUAGCUCAAUUGGUAGAGCGCUGCACUUGUAUCACAGAGGUCAGUGGUUCAAAUCCCACUCAGGCCUGAUUUUCACUGUUACUUAAAUAGUGCUUUUUACUGCCAGGAUCGUGAACAAAUAUGAGGCGAUAAUAUAAAUUGACCAUAGAAGAGAAUUAAAAAAGCAAAUAGUUUGACUGAGCCCUUCAUUUUUCACCUGGGCAAAGAGCUAAUGCUCAGAAUGUCAGCUUUAGAAACUCUCAUUUACAUCAUUAACUCAGUUGAUAAAACCAAAUUAUCUUUAACUGUUUGUGGGCUCAAGCUUCAUUACUUCCACACAGACAGUAUCAGUUUUGUUUUUUUCCUGAGUGUAGGGUUGGAAGCUAGAUCAUUUUGAAAGGGUUAAGUACUUAAAAAUCCAAUCUUGUUUGAUUUGUGAUAACUUUUAGUAAGAAAGCAUUAGGCAACAUUUGCUCCCCUUGAAAGUAUUAAAUCUUACUUUAACCAGUUCAAAACCAAAUUGUAGAUACUUAGAUGUGUUUAACUGUACAAUAUUGCUAAAAUAAAAAUUAAAAAAAAAAAAGAAAAAUCAGUAAAUAUGGAUUUACACUGUAACUUUACAUUUUUUGUGUUGUAUUUGUAAUUUAGUGUUUUCAAUGCUACUUUCAUUGGUCACCCAUCUUGCAAAUUUAGCUUUUUGAAUGGUAAUUUCGGCAAUAACUGUGCAACACGGAAGUCAUUAAAUGAGAUCUGUAACGUGUUUUUAUUUCAGACAUGUAAGUCUGCUAGUCUAAAGAAGAAGAAAAUGUAUGGAUGUUUCA